AUGUUUCAGACACUGCAUGGAGAAAAAGAUGACGGAAGCCUGGCCAGAGAUGAGAAGAACAGUUUAAACAGCAAUAAAGGCACGAUGAAGUACACUUCAUGGGUCUUACCCAGCAGGCCUGCGAGUAGCAUUUAUGAUCAUCCUCGACUGGGAGAGGAGAAUGUGUUUAUUGGUCAAUCCAAACUCUACAGCUACCUGAAUUCUAACAAAGCUCCUGGUGCUCGCCCCCCGCUUCAAGAAGAAAACUCUGUCAUGUAUCACGAGGUGAAAUGUCAGGGCAAAACACUAAACAAAACCUACAGGAAAGGAAAUGAAAAAAAGAAUGGUGGCAAUAUAAUUGAAGGUGCUAUGAAACCAGAAGACCAGAAAGACAAAGAAGGUGGGUGCAAUACUUCAGCGCCUGCCUCUGAUCAAAACCAAGAAACUGUAGAAACUCAGAAGACUACCCUGCCUUCAGACUGUGCUGAUGAGGCCAAUGCAAAACCAGCUCAGAAAAAGGUGGUUAAAGCAAAACGUGGACCACGGAGAAAAACGCAAGGAAGAACACCCAAUCGAAAAGUGACUGAUUAUUACCCAGUUAGAAGAAGUUCCAGGAAGAGCAAAUCUGAAUUGGAGACUGAGGAGAGGAGGAAAAUAGAUGAGCUAAUUACAAGUGGGAAAGAAGAAGGAAUGAAGAUCGAUUACAUCGAUGGCAAAGGGAGAGGUGUAAUCGCUACCAAACAGUUUAAUCGAGGAGAAUUUGUAGUUGAAUAUCAUGGGGAUCUCAUAGAGAUCACUGAUGCUAAAAAGCGAGAAGCUGUGUAUGCUCAAGAUCCAUCCACAGGCUGCUAUAUGUACUAUUUUCAGUACCUCAGCAAAACUUACUGUGUUGAUGCUACAAAAGAAACUAAUCGUCUGGGAAGACUGAUUAAUCACAGCAAAUGUGGCAAUUGUCAAACAAAGCUUCAUGACAUCGAUGGAGUGCCUCAUCUCAUCCUGAUAGCUUCCAGAGACAUUAAAGCAGGUGAAGAACUGUUGUAUGACUAUGGAGACAGAAGCAAAGCUUCCAUUGAAGCUCAUCCCUGGCUGAAACACUAA